AUGGUCGACAGAAUAGCAGCACUGGAGGCGGAAAAGGCAACCCUUGAGACACACAUUGUUUCAUCUCCUCCAUCCAAGACGACACCUGCAUCGACAAACCCGAACGACCCCGGUGUCGCCCAACUACGCCUCGAUCUCGCAGAAGCUCUCCGCUCCAAGGGCGUGACAGAAGCCCGUCUACGAAGUUCCGACGAAGAGCUUACCAAGCUAAAGGCAAAAUCUAAAGAGGAUGCGCACAGGAUAAAGACACUCUCAUCAGAGCGCACGAUGCUCGUCACGAGGUUAAAAGACAGAGAACAUGAGCUGCGUGAGAAACACAAGCUUCUCGAGCAAGUUCAGGAUGAGAUGAUUACGCUUAAUUUGCAAAUGUCUGUGGCUGAAACGGAGCGCGACAAGGUCAAGGUGGAAAAUAAAGAGCUAGUAGACCGCUGGAUGAAGCGCAUGGCGCAAGAGGCGGAGGCCAUGAACAUUGCCAACGAGCCUGAAUUCCGCACACGGUGA